CGCCAGUUGUUUAGGGUAAUGUGGCGUUCGACAAAACUGAGUGAAAUUGUUAAAAUAUUUAUUAGUGACGUAAAGAUGUAUAAAGUUUUCAGCGUUUUAUAGCAGUGUUUCAUGCAAAGACGGUCUUGAGCAUCUUUUUAGUUCGUCUUAAAAUUUUUGAAUGCAUAUAAAUCGUCGUCUAAAUUGGACAGUCAACAAACUUUUGUUUAUUUCAUUGGAGUGGAUUUAUUUGUUCCUGCAGAUAAUACUCGAUUAUGAACCAUCUAUACUGGUACUGAAAUAGUGGAACAAGGACUGACGUCGACACAUUAGGGUUUACUUAGUCCAAGUAAAUGCCUAACAUAGCCGAAUGCAAUACACUCAUGUCCAGCCAAGAAAUUGGAAAGUUGGUACUGAAAUAUCAAGUUGGAAGACUUUUGCAAAAGAAUCUCUCUAGCUCUCUGUAUGAAAUGUUAUGGCAAACUUGAAUUUUCAACAAGCACCUAGAAGCCUAGCGAGUGGCGGUGUGGGCGGACGCGUGAGCUCGGGGCUGGUGGGUGGUGUGUCGGGCCAUGUGACGCCCACGUUUGGAGGCGCCUUGUCGCCCGGCCGGAACUCCACCGCAAUGCCUGGGGGCGCCCCGCCCUCUAUGGCAUCGCGUUCUACACUAUUCGGCCAGCGGGCGUUUGCAGACCGUAGGGUACCUAUACCAAACGCGUUAUCGCAGCCUAACUCAAAUUCCAUGUCGAGUAUGGGCAACCUGUCUCGGUUCAACUCGAGCAGUAACUACCACUCGGUAUUUGGCGAGGGCGGAGACACGUCGACGCCCCCGCUGCUGGAUCUCAACGAGUUCCCGUCACUGACGGCGCGGGGGGCCGGCGACCAGGCGCCCGCCGCUGCGCCGCCGCCGCCCGGCUCUAAACCUUACGUGGGUAUGGUGAAGCAGCCUACCUCGGAGCAGUCAGAGUUCACGAUGUCGUCGGAGGACUUCCCGGCGCUGCCGGGCACGUCGAGCGCGGGCGGCGCCGUGCCGCUGGCGCCGGCCGGCCCGCUGCCGCCGCCGCCCGACUUCAGCAACCACACCAACGACAAGCCCCGCAAAGGCAUACAGACCUCACCCGACGUUAUCAAUCAAGGAGCACAUACGGAAUUCUUUGGUAAAGUAACGAAUAUACCAGAGACGAUGAUACCGAACCAGUUCGGUAUUGUGGGACUGUUGACGUUUAUCCGCGCGGCAGAGUCGGAUCCUAGUUUAGUGUCGCUGGCGUUAGGGCAGGAUCUCACUGCGCUCGGUCUUAAUCUAAAUUCACCGGACAAUCUUUAUCUAACUUUUGCUGGACCUUGGGCGGAUACGCCGUGCAGACCACAGGAUAUGGACUACCACGUGCCUCCUGAAUAUCUAAUCAAUGGCUCAAUUAGAGAAAAGCUGGCACCUCUACGACUGAGUCGAUAUAAAGAAGACCUUUUGUUUUAUUUGUUCUACUGUUUCGUGGGUGACGUGCUGCAAAUCGCAGCUGCAGCCGAACUUUAUAAUCGCGAAUGGCGGUAUCACAUGGAGGAAAAGGUGUGGAUCUCUCAAGCGCCCGGCAUGCCUAUGGUGGAGAAAACGGCAACAUACGAGCGCGGCACCUACUACUUCUUUGAUGCGCACAACUGGCGUAAGGUGGCGAAGGAAUUCCACUUGGACUACAGCAAGCUGGAGGGGCGACCUCAACUGCCACCGCAUGUUCUCACGUAGCGUCCCUGCCGCGUCCUCUCUCAUACACCUAUUGUAGUUUUGUUAUAUAAAAAGUACAAGUUUAAAAAAAGA